AUGAAACUAGUCCUUUCCCUCUCCUUCCUUGCGGCCGGCUUGGACCUCGCCUCCGCUCGACCAGCAAACCUUCAUAUCAGUCGAAACCAUGGCCGAGACAUGGUUUCUUCCGCCGGAUCACACAAGCAAAUCCGUUCCGGACCUGUGUGGAAUACUCAACUUGGCCGUCGUGAAGUGCCGCAAGAACAUUCGCAUGAGAAAUUCCUUACUCUCGUCGAUCAAUUCCUCCAGAUGGACAACCCAGAUGGUAUUGUCAGUUCAGUCUUCGGUCUCUUGGGCAACGCCGCUGCCGCCGCUGGCCAGGGCCAAAUCUCCAACACGGAUUGUCUGCAACAAGCCACCGCCGAUCGAGCCUUCACCAACGCUAAAGCUGCUGGCUCCGUCGAGGGAAUGACAGGAGCCUUGAUCUACCGGGCUCUAGAGAGAAAUACCGGUGCCGUGGGCCAGGCAUCGGUCCCUUGCACGGCCAUUCAAGCCGUGAAUCAUGAGAUUGCUGCCAUUUCUCAACAUCAGGAUCCUGCUUCAGACAAUGCGGCCGCCGUGAACAAAGCUAUUGUCCUCGAGCUUGCGGUACAGAUCUCCAACAUCGGAGGCAAUCCGCUGGAUGCUCUACAAUCCGGCACAUUUGCUCCAGGAUCGAUUGGUGACCCCACCGCCCAGGGCAAUAGCUGUGACGAUCCAAAUGACCCGGAGGGAUGCAUUUUCACCCAGAAUCUCCUUAUCGAGGACGCCACCGAGGAUGAAAUCAACGCUGCUGUUGCUGCCUCGGGCUCAGCUGGCGCAGCCGCAGAAUGCACUCCUCCCCCUCCUCCCCCCCCGGACUGCAGUGAUGCGGUGUCAUCUGCCCUGGCGUCUGUCUCUGCCCCGACCACGGCCGCCGUCGAGGCUUCUACGACUACCACGGCUGCUGUCGAGACCUCGACGACUGCCAGCGCCGGUUCCUCGACCUUGGAUUUCGGAUCAUGCUCGGAUCCGACCAUUAUCUUUGCGGACGGACUGGAUGGUCGAGAUGAGCCAGCCUUCGAGCCUCAUAGCCUCUCGGAUUUCCCGCAUGGCUCCGCACUGGGUAUCAAGGUCAUCACUGACUUCAUCUGCCAACAGCUCAACGACAAGUGCAAGGCGCCACCAGUUACCAUCGAUGCCUGCAACUCCGGCGCCACAGCCGCACAAGGCGCCACUGGUCAGGCCGCUGCUGAUGCGUUCAAUACUGCCCUGGGAUUUUAG